AUGGUCUCUCUGUCGUUGCUUGCGCUGGCCUCGGUGGCCGCUGCCACCCCGUUGAAGAUGAAGAGAACCAUCACCUCUUCGCUUCUCAGUGACCUCGACCUGUUCGCCCAGUACAGCGCCGCCGCGUACUGCACCGGCAACAUCGACUCGGCCACCACCGGCGACCAGAUCACCUGCUCCGCCGACAACUGCCCUCUCGUUGAGGAUGCCUCGGCCGUCACCCUCGACGAGUUCGACCUGACCGCCUCCUACGGCGACGUCGCCGGCUUCAUCGCCGCCGACAGCACCAACGAGGUGCUGGUCGUCUCCUUCCGCGGCACCGACGAUCUGGAGAACUGGAUCGCCGAUCUCGACGUCGGUCAGACCGCCGUCGACUCCCUCUGCACCAAGUGCUCCGUCCACUCGGGCUUCUGGAGCGCCUGGGAGACCGUCGCCGACACCAUCAUCGCCAAGGUCGAGGCUGCCAUCACCACCUACCCGGAUUACUCGGUUGUCUUCACUGGCCACAGCUACGGUGCUGCCCUGGCUGCCAUCGGUGCUACCGUCAUGCGUAACGCCGGCUACGAAAUCACCCUGUACAACUACGGCCAACCUCGUAUCGGUAACAUGCCUCUCGCCGACUACAUCACCGACCAGUCCAUGGGCAGCAACUACCGUGUCACCCACACCGACGACAUUGUCCCCAAGCUUCCCCCCAAGCUCCUGGGCUUCCACCACUACAGCCCCGAGUACUGGAUCACCAGCGGCAACGACGUCACCGUCACCACCUCCGACGUCACCGAGGUUACCGGCGUGGACUCGACUGAUGGCAAUGCCGGUACUUCUGGCGACAGCAUCACCGCUCACCGCUGGUACUUUAUCUACAUCAGCGAGUGUGAUUAA